AUGAGACUAGGAGAAAAGGCUCAAGUCGUACCUGGUGAGAAUGUGGUUGUCUCACAGAUAGCAGCAAGUCCUACAGGAAAUCACAUGGCUGUUGGCUAUGUUGAUGGCAAUGUAAAUGUUUUUGAAUUAACAAAUAAUGAAAUAGUUUGUGUUUUUGCUGGACAUAAGUCUGCAGUUACAAGCUUACAAUAUGAUGAACAGGGUCACAGAAUAGUUUCUGGUUCAAAGGAUACUGAAGUCAUUCUUUGGGAUGUUGUGUCUGAAACUGGCGUGGCAAGGUUCAGUGGCCACAAAGGUGCAAUUACAAGUGUUAUUUUUAUAAAUAGCAAAAACUGUGUUAUCAGCGCUUCUAAGGAUACUUUUGUUAAAUUCUGGGAUAUUGAGACAAAACAUUGCUUCAAGACUUUAGGUGGACAUCAAAUGGAGGUAUGGUCAUCAGUACUUUUAAAAGAAGAAAGGUAUUUGGUUACGGGCAGCAUGGAUCAAGAAUUAAGGGUGUGGAAAUUAAAUUGGACAGAUAAGAUGAAGGAAGAAGAUAAAGUAUUACAUCAAUUGGAAAUUGCAAAAAUUGAGGAAGCUGAAACCACCGAAGACAACUCUAUCUUACAAUGCCAUCAAGUGGGCACGUUGAUACGCGGUGGCAGAGGUCGUGUUGUAGGUCUAUGCUCGGAUCCUGGUCAGACGGUGCUCGCUUGUUUCGGGACUGACUCGCUUCUCGAAGUGUUCUCCUUUUGCACUGAUGACGAGGCCAAGGCGAGAAUGUCGAAACGGGUUAAGAAACUGAGGAAGAAAUUAGCGAAGCUUAAAGAGAGCGGCCAAGCGGACGCCGACGCGACGGAAGUGAGCGAGUUGCUGACGCUCUCGGACGAGGUGCGACGGUUGACGUCUGUCAAGUUGUCGUCCAAAAUCAAGUCGGCGUCCCUUCUGUUGGGCACCACGGGAGAGUUGCGGGUCGGCGUCACGCUCGCUAACAACACCGUAGAGUUGCACAGCUUGAAGCUGGGAGAGGAGGGGGAAGUGAAAUGUUUGAAACAAAUCACACAACACGGGCACCAGAAGGAGCCGCGGUGCGUCGCGAUCAGCUCCGACAACCUGGCCGUGCUCUCUGCCGCCGCGGACUCGGUGAAGCUUUGGAAUCGGACGAGCCAGGCGUGCGUGCGCACCGUUCCGCUGUCGGGCGGGAGGCCGUGCUGCGCCUGUUUCGCGCCCGGCGACCGCCACGCUCUGGUCGGCUGCGCGGACGGUGCGCUGCUGCUGCUCGACGUGGCGGCCGCGCACGUCUCCGAGCGGGUGUCCGCGCACGCCGACGCCUGCUCCGCGGUCGGCCUGCUGCCCGAUCUCCGAGGCUGUUACAGUGGUAGCGCCGACAAAACCGUGAAGAUAUGGCAAUUCGAGCUCAUUCCCGAUCCUACCGGUGAAUCCAAGGCAAAGGUACUAUCGAUACUUCACACGAGGACACUAGAAUUAGAGGAGGCAGUUACCGCGGUCAAAGUCAGCCCGAACAACAAGUUCAUUGCGGUGGCCUUGAUGGAUUCAACUGUGAAGAUAUUCUUCUUGGACACGUUUAAGUUCUUCCUGUCGCUGUACGGGCACAAGCUGCCCGUGCUCUGCUUGGACAUCAGCUACGACUCGGCGCUGGUCGCGACCGGCUCCUCGGACCGCAACGUAAAGGUGUGGGGCGCCGACUUCGGCGACUGCCACCGCUCGCUGUUCGCUCACAACGACUCCGUCACAGCGCUCCAGUUCGUCCCCACCACCCAUUACUUCUUCACCGCCUCGAAGGACGGCCGCGUGAAGCAGUGGGACGCCGACACGUACGACAACAUCAUCACCCUUAACGGCCACGCGGGGGCCUGUUGGGGCAUGAGCGUGGGGGCGGGGGGGCUGCACGUGGCGUCGUGCGGCGCUGACGGCGCGCUGAGGCUGUUCUCGCGCACCGACGAGCCCCUAGUGCUAGGCGACGCGGACGAGGCGGAGGAGGGGCUCGCCACCGGGGAGCAGCACGCACCAGUUCCCGGUUUGCCUGGAUUAAAUAUGCCAACGAAGAAAACUAUAGGCGCCGAGAAAGCUGCUGAUUCGCUGCUAGAAUGCCUCUCCGUGGGGGCGGAGUACCAAAAGCAAGUGGCGGAGGCGAGAGGCCAAUUCGUUCAGCCUCCGAUGCUCAUGGCGGCUUACAACUGUAACACGGCGGAGGACUUUCUACUUGAGGUUCUUAAGAAAAUUCGGUCCAGCGAACUGGAGGAGGCGCUGCUGCUGCUGCCGCUGAGCGCUGCGGGCGAGAUGGUGCGCUCGCUGGCGGCGUUGCUCGAGCGCGGCGAGCGCACCGAGCUGCUGUGCCGCGCCGCGCUUUUCCUGCUGCGAGUUCACCGAGCGCCGCUGCUCGCCGACCGGCGGCUGCUCAAGCACCUCAUCCAGAUACAGGCCAAGGCGGCCAUGCGCCUCGCCGAGCUGAGGGACAUGGUGGGGUUCAACCUGCACGCGCUCCAAUGGAUGCGACGUGAUAUCGAGCAGUCCGAAAGUGAGCAGCUGUUCAAGGUCGCCGUCGGAGAGAAGAAAGCGAAGGACUCGCGUCGACGGGCGAGACAGGCCAUCAAACGGCCCAUAGUGACUGUAACU